AUUUGGCCUGGUCCUGCGAUUUGCAAAUAGAGCAUAAACAAACUACAAAUAAUUAAUCAUCUCGAAUAAAAGAACAUUAAUUAUACAAUUUGGAAAUGGCUCUAAGACACGUUCUAAUCGGUUAUGAGAUUUUUCACAGGAGGUGGGACCGGCUACAUAGGAUCAUGUAUUCAAAAAGCCCUAAAAGGACAAGGUGCAAAGACCACGAUUAUUUCAAGAAUGCCUGGCCCAAGUAGAAUGACCUGGCACGAGUUGGAAAGCCAAGGAAUUCCUUCGGGCGUAACCGAUGUAAUAAAUGUUGCUGGUCAAAAUAUUCUUGACGCUACACGUAGAUGGACUCCUGGGUUUAAACAAAAUGUUUGUAACAGCAGAAUUGAAACUACCAAAGCUCUGGCGAAAGCUGUUGCCUCUUCGGAUGUAAAAAGUUUUACUGCAAUUUCGGGGGUUGCUUAUUAUCCACCGGAUGGAAAGGAAUAUACUGAGGAAGAUAAAUGCGAACCUUACGACUUCUUAUCAGAAUUGUGUCAUGACUGGGAGGCAGCUGCACAACUUCCUAAGGACUCUAAAACGAGACAAGUAACAAUAAGAUCUGGGGUAGUUUUAGGAAGAACAGGUGGUAUGGUUUUACAACUCUUUCCAUCCUUCUUACUAUGUCUUGGAGGCCACAUGGGAACUGGAAAACAAUACAUGCCUUGGAUCCAUAUUCAAGAUUUGGUCAGAUUAUUCGAACAUGCAAUAUGCAACGAAAAUAUAAAAGGUGUAUAUAACGGUGUCGCUCCUCAGGUAAUAACAAACAAAGAAUUCACGAAAGAAUUCGCAUCAGCGUUAUGGCGACCAGCUUUACUACCUUUACCACCUUUUAUAAUAAAUCUCAUUUUCGGUGAAGAACGUGCGAAGAUUGUGCUAGAAGGACAGAAAGUUAUUCCUAAAAGGGUUCUAGAAUCCAAUUUCGAAUACAAGUAUCCGGACAUACAAUCAGCUUGUGAUAACAUCACAACAUUGGGGUAUAUGGAACCAUUUUAAUCUCAUUUAAAUAUGCUUGAUCUAGAAACAAUCGAUCGAAACUUAAAAUCGAAAAGAUUUUUAAAAUCAGUAUUGAGAGAAAAUCUGAAUUUACUGCAUUUUUGUGAUUUUCUUCUGUUAUUGUUGUAAA